UGUUUUAUUUUUUUUUCGUGUCCGUGCCGCUUCAUUGCGGAGCUCGAUCGGUUUUGUGACAACGUACGCCAUGGAGCAGGACGGCAUCCCCACGACCCCGGAAUCGGCGGCUAUGGCCGCAGAAGUUGGCCACAUGGUGGCGGUGGUGUCGGAGGCCGAACGGGAGGAAGCGCUACGCAGCGCGAAGGACGGACCCUUCCGCCACGACGGACAGGAAUACUCGGCGGAGGUCGUGGAGACGAGUCCAGACACGGGCGAAACCGUCAAGCACACCCUGCAGCCGCAGCCGCAACCGCAGCCGCAGCAGCAGCAGCAGCAGCAGCCCGAUGAGAAGCCUGCAGCCGACGUUACACCGCUCGUCGCGCACGACCUGCGAGCCGACGAAAGACCCGAGUCGAUCCCAGCGUCGGAGCAGCCUUCGCCGUCGGAGGCACCGUCGUCCCCCGCGGCGCCGACGGUCGAGUCCCCGGCCGAGUCGAGCCCGGGACCCGCGUGGCCUUCUCCGCCUCCGGUGGAUGAGUCGCCGGCCGAGGUCGAAGUUGCCGCCGUGGCCGCAACGGCGUCCGCGUCCUUGGCCGCGUCUCCGGCGCCGGGCUACGCGUCGUCGGGCGGCAGCAGCAGCAGCAGCAGCAGCAUCAUCAACGUCGGCGGCAGGCCACACGCCAGGAAGCACGGCCACCACAGGCACCGUCACCACCGCCAGAGGGCGGGCCAGGCCGCCGGCGACGGCCCCCACAAGCGCGUGUUGAUCGACGAAGCGGCCGUGGGACACGAAAAGGGCAAGGGCAGCGCGAAGCACAGGCGGCGUACCCGCCGUCGCGGACGGCCUCCGGCACCGUCGGUCGCCGACGUGCUGGUCAUCCUGUGUGGGUUCGUCAUCACGCUCGUCGUGCUCACCGGACUGGCCGCCUCCACGCGGCACCUGUUCAAGCAGAAGAGCCAGUUAGUCGUUAACCUCCAUCGAAUCAACCAACAGGGGAGGCUCAACGCUGACAGCUUCGCUCCCCCGACCUUGGUGUGCGGCGUGUCCCGCCUGUCCGGCAUGGCGGAGCUGUCCGGUAUCUGCUCGCACAUCAUCUACACGGGCGACAUGGACAUAUUCAGCGACGGCGUCGAGUACACGCUCCUGCCUGCCGACGCGGCGAAUUUCGAGGCCUUCCGCAAGCUGGGCAGCCCCGGUUCGCUGGUGCCCCAGCUGCUGGCCUCGGUUCCGCUGGCGCCCCUGUGGGAGCGGCUGCCGGACCACGUGCGCUGGCACCGCUUCGGUCGCAGCAUGGCGCGCUUGAUCAACAACGCCAGCUUGCACGGCAUCGAGGUGCGCCUGUCGCCCUCCCUCGCGCUCAACGAGGACAUCCUGUACAGGCUGCAAGUGUCCUGCCAGGAAUUCAAGAUGAGCGACCCGGACGCUAUAAUGUUCCUGCGGCUCCGCUACGACGCCUUGUUGGCCACAAACAACAACAUGGAGAAGCUGGUCGACUGCCCCGACCUGGUGGUGUUCCGCACCGAGAACCACGAGCUGAGCACCAGGGUGCUGCGGGCGCCCAACCCGUACCGGCGCUACAUCGGCGCUGACAUGGCAGAACUAUUUCUGCAACAGGAGCUGGACAAGAUCUCCCUGCUGCGCAAGCCAGUGGACGGCCAGGAGUGGUGCCUGAGCUUCGCGCUGGGCGGCCUCCUCUUCCGCUACCACCUGGGGCUCAGCUUCGGAGACGACGCCCAGACAGGGCCGCAGGAGAUCUCCCUCUCCGAGGUGUGCGAGCGCUUCUCCGUGCGGCGCUUCGAGGACCUCCGCACGCUGUCGUUCUACGCCAUGGAGCACACGAAGCACACCUGGGUCGCGUUCGACGACGACUGGUCCCUGACGCGCAAGGCCUUGCUCGCCCGGCAGCGGCAGGGUCCGCGCAUGUGCGUGGCCGUGUACCACGUCGAGCUGGACGACCACCGGCAGUCCUGCGGCAACGGCCCGGCGCCCGUGCUGCGCAGGCUGCAGCGCCUGAUCGUCAACGGGACCACGUAGCGGGCUGCCGCUGCCGUCGCCCGCGUCGCCUCUUCGACGAUGCGCGUGCCGACUUUGUCCCCCCGCCCCCCUUCCCCGCCUUUAGGAAUGUCUUGUAUUUUCGGAUUUUUUUCGCAUAUUAUAGCACGAGAAAAAUGUU